AUGCCCAAACAUAUGCAACACCAUGUGAACAAUGAGCAUGAUGACCAUGAUCAACAAACUAGUGAUAUUGUGCACAGUAAUUAUGAAGGGCAGGGCGAUGGCAGUGAUGGCAGUGAUGGCACAGGUAGUGGCGAUGGCAGUGAUGGCGAUGUGAAAGUUGUGGAAGAGAUUGCAGUGUUUAUGUGGGAUCUGCGACAAUGCGAUCGGAAGCGCUGCACCGGCAGGAAAUUAGUUCGGCUCGGAUUGUGCUCACUCUUGAAGUUAGGACACAAAUUCAAUGGCAUUAUAUUGAGUCCAAUGGCUGUCAAGUGUGUGUCACCUCAAGACCGGGACAUUGUCUCGCGUAAUGGCAUAGCAGUGGUCGACUGCUCCUGGAAUCGACUCAAUGAAACCCCAUUUCAUAAGAUGAAAGGCAAACACUUAAGACUUCUGCCUUUCCUUAUGGCCGCAAAUCCUGUCAACUAUGGCAUCGCCUCUAAGUUGUCAUGUGUUGAGGCGAUCGCAUCGACUCUCAUGAUGACAGGCUUUGCGUCAACGGCUGAGCACUACUUGAGUAAAUUCAAGUGGGGAUCAGCUUUCCUCACUCUCAACCAACACGCGCUCAACGAGUACUCAACUUGUCUCGACUCAACACAAAUCAUUGCCACUCAGAACCACCUCAUGACCGAAGACCACACAUGGAAUCACUUGAAUCAAAACAGAAACACUGAUUUGCCCCCAAUCGACCCCAGCGAUGAUGAAGAUGAUGAUGGUGGUGGUGGUCAAUAA